AUGCGCCUCUCCAAAACCCUGGUCGACAUGGACAUGGCCGACUACAGUGCUGCGCUGGACCCAGCCUACACCACCCUGGAAUUUGAGAAUGUGCAGGUGUUGACGAUGGGCAAUGACACAUCCCCCUCAGAAGGUGCUAACCUCAACGCGACCAACAACCUCGGUGUCAGUGCCCUGUGCGCCAUCUGUGGAGACCGGGCCACAGGCAAACACUACGGCGCCUCAAGCUGUGAUGGCUGCAAGGGCUUCUUCCGGAGGAGCGUGAGAAAGAACCACAUGUACUCCUGCAGAUUUAGUCGGCAGUGCGUGGUGGACAAAGACAAGAGGAACCAGUGCCGCUACUGCAGGCUCAAGAAGUGCUUCCGGGCUGGCAUGAAGAAGGAAGCAUUUUCCUUCAUCUCCCCUCAGAUCACCUCCCCUGUCUCUGGGAUCAACGGAGACAUCCGGGCAAAGAAGAUCGCCAGCAUUGCAGACGUGUGCGAGUCCAUGAAGGAGCAGCUGCUGGUGCUCGUUGAGUGGGCCAAGUACAUCCCAGCUUUCUGCGAACUUCCCCUGGACGACCAGGUGCGGGCGGACGUGGACUCCAUCAUCUUCUUUGACCCAGAUGCUAAAGGUUUGAGUGAUCCAGGUAAGAUCAAGAGGCUGCGGUCCCAGGUGCAGGUGAGCCUGGAGGACUACAUCAAUGACCGCCAGUAUGACUCACGUGGCCGCUUCGGCGAGCUGCUGCUGCUGCUGCCCACCCUGCAGAGCAUCACCUGGCAGAUGAUUGAGCAGAUCCAGUUCAUCAAGCUCUUCGGCAUGGCCAAGAUCGACAACCUGCUGCAGGAGAUGCUGCUGGGAGGAUCCUCCAGUGAUGCAACCCAUGCCCAUCAUCCCCUGCACCCUCACCUGAUGCAGGAACACAUGGGCACCAACGUCAUUGUUGCCAACACGAUGCCUACUCACCUCAGCAACGGACAGAUGUCCACCCCUGAGACUCCACAGCCCUCACCACCAGGUGGCUCAGGGUCUGAGCCCUACAAACUCCUGCCAGGAGCCAUCACCACAAUUGUCAAGCCCCCCUCUGCCAUCCCCCAGCUGACUAUCACGAAGCAAGAAGUCAUCUAGCAAGUCCCCGGGGUCAGGGGCUCUGCUGGCCCUCCAGUCCCCUCUGAGAGCCCCUGGUAGUCACUUGGUCACAGGGCUGGAAGCUGUGACAGUAGGGCCAGUCCCAAAGCAGUAGUGAAAAGGGCAAAGGGCCCAAGAACUUGGGCUGUGGGCCACAACACAUUGCCCCCCUCCUCUGCUCUGGACGAUGGGGCCUUGACUUGGGGAGCUCCCAGCUGGAGAAUCCUCUGCUGCCUUGGACAAC